AUAUUAGUUCAGCCAGAAUUUGCACAGUUACAAUUUACCACACCGGUUUUUCAUGCCAUUUUAUCUUCAUUUUGAAACCAAAGUUGAGCAUAUAUUCAAUGAACAUAAAGGCUGUUAACCAACAUGAAGACAUGGCAACUGAUUAUAUUUGGAGUAACCGUUCACCUGAUUUUCUUCUACUCCAUCUUUGAUAUCUAUUUCACCACACCAUUGGUCCACGGAAUGACUCCUUAUGUCUCAAACCCAAAUCCUCCCGCCAAGAGAUUGGUCCUCUUUGUGACAGAUGGACUAAGAGCUGAUAAGUUUUUUGAGCCUCUACCAAAUGGGAAACCUACAGCACCUUAUCUCAGGUCUAUAAUAGAGAACAGAGGUGUAUGGGGUGUGUCCCACACAAGAGUUCCAACUGAGUCCCGCCCUGGUCAUGUGGCCAUCAUAGCGGGCUUUUAUGAGGAUGUUAGUGCUGUAGCAAAGGGUUGGAAAGAGAACCCUGUGGAAUUUGACUCUGUGUUCAAUGAGAGCAGUUACACCUGGUCUUGGGGUAGUCCGGAUAUUCUUCCCAUGUUUGCUAAAGGCGCCUCUGGAGACCAUGUUUUCAUGGACUACUACCCCUCGGAGAACGAAGACUUCGCUGCAGCUGAUUCCUCCAAGCUGGACACCUGGGUGUUUGAUAAGGUCAAGAAAUUUCUGAUGGAAGCAGAGAAAGACCAAGCUUUGAAGAAAAAACUCUCCAAGGAUAAAGUUGUCUUCUUCCUUCAUCUGUUGGGUCUGGACACAAAUGGCCACUCCCAUAAACCAUUCUCACUAGAAUAUCUAAAUAACAUUGCAACAGUGGAUGAUGGGAUACAGGAAGUUGUUGGACUGCUGGAGGAGUUUUAUCACCAUGACAACAGAACAGCUUACAUUGUGACAGCUGACCAUGGGAUGACAGACUGGGGAUCACAUGGGGCAGGGCAUCCCUCAGAGACCCUCACACCAUUGGUAGCUUGGGGCGCAGGGAUCCGCCAUCCAAGGGGAGCAGACCAUAAUACUCAAACAUAUGAAGAUGGAUUUGCAGAAAAAUGGAAAUUAGAUAAAUUGCAAAGAUCUGAUGUGCAACAGGCAGAUAUGUCUCCCCUGAUGGCAGCACUGCUUGGGAUUCCUUACCCUGUUAAUUCUGUGGGAGCCCUCCCUCUAGAGAUUCUGGAUAUUCCCCUUCAGGACCAAACAGAAGCAAUGUUUUCUAAUGCCCAGCAAAUUCUGGCCCAGUUUAAGGUUAAAAUGGAGCUUAAGAAAAAGACCACGCUCUCACAAACAUUUAGACCAUUUCUGGAAUUGACAGAGGACAAACAGGUUUUACAUGUCAGAAAAAUAAAAAACCUAAUCAAAGAUGGACUUUUUGAAGAUGCAAUAAAAGAAUCCCAGCAGCUGAUGGCUCUAGCAUUCCGUGGACUAGGAUACUACCAGAACUAUGACAGAUUCCUCCUGGGAUUGAGUGUCACUGCCGGCUUUGUGGGCUGGAUAUUCUACAUCCUGACCCUCAUUCUACGAGACCAUGUGGGACUGUCAUACAAGAGAACCUUCUUUGAUGAACUGAAUUCUCCAUUUCUGUUGUCAAAGAAAUUCAUCCAAGGAUUAGCUGUAACAGUUGCCGUAGUGAUAAUAUUGUUACUUUCAGUACAAUCUCUGCCCUGGACCUACUUUAUGUAUUGCCUGGUUCCUGUUCUACUUUGGAAGUUGGUUUUAGAAAGUUGGCCCAUCUAUGUGACGGCAGCACAGAGACUGUGGGACAGCAGUAGAUCCCCUGUCAUAGGAACAACCCUCUUCUGUCUCCUUAUCCUGGAGGCUGUGGUGGCUGGGUUCUUCUACAGGGGGAUCUUCUCUAUAGGUUUUGUAGCCCUUGGAGUUUGGCCGCUGCUUGCAUACAGAACUAGGUCAAGAAACCAGUAUGUGUGGCUGGUGACCUGUCUGCUUCUGUCCAUGUUCCCUUUAUUACCCGUCGUAGGGCGACAGAGCAACUACAGUGUGGUACUUCUGGCUGGAAUUCUUGCUUUUAUUGCUGGCUGUGUUAUAGACAGAAGAUACCUGAUGAAUGUAAAAGGUGCUAAAAUCCGGUGGGCACAGCUGACUGUCCUCCUGGCUGCCAUUUACAACCUGUGGUCUGUGUCAUCCAGUAUACGCAGGAAAGAGGGUCUCCCCGGGCUCAACCAAAUCCUGUCUUGGAGUAUUCUUGUGACAUCUAGUCUUUUCCCCUUGCUGAGCCCCACCCAGGUGCUACCUCGAUUGUUCUCCAUUGUGUUUGCAUUUUUCCCUGUCUACCUUCUAUUAAGUUUGUUACAGGAAGGUCUGUUCAUCAUCUGCUUCUGUGUUGUCCUGUUUUCAUGGAUUCAGAUGGAGAAAGAAGUGCAUAUUGCCAAGGAAAAGAAUCUACUCACCGCUGAUUUUUCAUCGUCUCUCUCUGGAGAACGCCAUCUAGUGGCAGAGGAUAUACGCAGAUCUGUCUUUUAUAUUUUCUUUAUACUUGUUGCAUUCUAUAGCACAGGGAAUAUAGCCAGUAUCAAUAGCUUUGAGCCUGCUGCCGUUUACUGCUUCCUGACCGUCUUCAGCCCAUUUGUGAUGGGUGGUCUCCUAAUGCUCAAAAACAUUCUACCACUAGUCCUAGUUGCAUGUUCAUUCCAAACCGUUCAAAUCUUGACCCACAUUCCAACUCGGGCGCUGUUUUUGAUUGUAAUGAUCAUGUCGGACAUUAUGGCACUGAACUUCUUUUUCCUGGUGCGUGACUAUGGCAGCUGGUUGGAGAUUGGGACCAGCAUUAGCCACUAUGUUAUUGUGAUGUGUAUGAACAUCUUCCUCAUGGUUCUGUUUGGAGUUUCCCAUCUCCUGACAAGUGUCCAAAUUAGACUGUCCAAAUCUUGACCAGUAUACAAAUUUGUCAUUUCAAAUCUUGACAAGUGUCCAAAAUCAGACUUUAAAUCUUGACAAGCGUACAAGUUAAGCUAUUAAAAUCUUGAAAAGUUUCCAAAUUCAAAUCUUGACAGAUGUCCAAUUUAGAUUCAAAUUUUGACCAGUGUCCAAAUAAACAUGUUCAACUCUUGGACAUCUUCGCUAGCCAAGGAUUUUCGGUCCAGGGGAGCAAAGUGGACGGAAAACCCUUGGAUAGUGAAGAUGACUCUUGGAACACCAUGUUGUUUUCUUUUAUUCUUCAUGAAAGGUGUUACAUAACAUUUCAAUAGUUUUCUAAUAGUGCCUCAUUUACGGUAUUUGUACACGUAUAAAACCGUAAUUGCUCUUUCAAUAAUUUCAUGAUCUUGCAGUUCAGAGAAUUUUUCAAUUUAAUACAUCUUAAAACGAUUUGGUUACUCAAUAAAAUAUAAUAACAUUUUCAACUGAUUGUUUGGUGUUUACAUUGUCCACCUGCUGGGAAUUAUUAGCAUAUUG